AUGCAAAGCUUUGGUGUAGGACCUCCAGGGCCUACAGUAGAGCACCUUUUUGAGGGCUCAACUGGUGACCAGAACGUUGCCACGGUCCACUUCCUUCCUCCGGGAAUAUCCGACCCUUGGCUAUCCCUGAUGCUCUUCACUGCGGCGUGGUGUAUUCUCUACUCCAUCCUUGUAUGUGCUAUUGGAUGCCUAAACUCUGGUCUUCGGGCCACCAAUCCUUCCAGCAUCAAUCUCACCCCCAUGACGCCGUUUUUGGCCAACAAUCUUACUAGCUUAGCUAACACCUUUCUUAGCAUCACUGGAGUGUCGGUAUUUGCCAUACAGUUGAAAGCAGAUGGUCUGAGCCUAGCCUCCCCGCGCCUUAUAGUGGGUCCCCUCCUUGAGUAUACUUCGACUUUCUAUAUCGCCUUCGCGGCCUAUUGUGUCUAUGAUAUGCUCUGGGUUGUCUUCCUUCAACCUAGCAUCGACAAGGUGAACUGA